AACUUCGUCAAUCGUCAUUUAGUGGUGACCGAAACUUCGAUGUGUGUGGUAGUGAAGUUAACUUUUCUAACAUAGUAUUUCACAAAAUAACACAUAAUUAACUACUAAAGUACAAUAACGUAUUGACCGUGAUAAUAGAAACAUUCAACGUGUCUUUAGUUUUCUGAAUAGUAUUCAAAAUGUGUGAUAAUAACAAUCCUUCGACGCAAAGUAUAGCGGACUACUUAGCUCAGUUGCUCAAAGACAGGAAGCAACUGGCUGCGUUCCCGAAUGUUUUCAUGCACAUGGAACGACUUUUGGAUGAAGAAAUUGCAAAGGUCCGCGCGAGUCUUUUCCAAAUAAAUGGGGUGAAGAAAGAGCCCCUCAUUCUUCCUGAAGCAGAAGGCAUGGUCACCACACUCACAGAAAAAGUAUACGUGCCAGUCAAAGAACACCCAGAUUUCAACUUCGUGGGCAGAAUUUUGGGACCACGAGGCAUGACUGCCAAACAGCUGGAGCAAGAAACAGGUUGCAAAAUCAUGGUCAGAGGCAAAGGUUCCAUGAGGGACAAGAAGAAGGAGGACGCAAACAGAGGCAAGCCAAAUUGGGAGCACCUGGCUGAUGAUCUACAUGUAUUGCUCACUGUAGAAGAUACGGAGAACAGAGCAAAGAUCAAGUUGGCCAGAGCCGUAGAGGAAGUUAAGCGCCUGCUUGUUCCACAAGCAGAUGGUGAAGAUGAACUGAAGAAGCGCCAAUUAAUGGAAUUGGCCAUCAUAAACGGCACAUACCGCGACUCGAGCGCGAAAGCCGUCGUGCCUGUCAACGGUCAGUGCGUAUUAACUGACGAGGAAUGGCGUCGCGUGGCGGCCGAAACUCAGAGACUGCUAGCGCCUACCGGCAGCGUGGGCGGCGUGGGCGGCGUGGCCUUGCGCACGCCGGCGCCGCUGGGGGCGCCCCUGAUCCUCUCCCCGCGCAUGACCACUGGGCCGGGAGCUCAAGCUAGCCUGCUUAACGGUACAGGCGCGGGUGCUGCGGCCGGCCUGCUGUCGCCCGGCGAGCCCGCGCACCAGCUGAUCUACGCCUCCCCGUACGCCGAUUACGCCAACUAUGCGGCGCUGACGGCGGCCGCUAACCCGCUGCUCACGGCGGAGUACGCCGCCGCCGACCAUACGGACACAGAUGAUAAAUAUCCUGUGCCGCUAGGUGUCGUGCGGAGGGCGGGUCGGCUCGCGCAAGUGAGGGAGCACCCUUACCAGCGCACCGCCUUACCGGCGCCUUAAAUUACCCGCCAUUUGCUCUCACGCCGCCAUUUUGUUCACAAGGUGCGUGCUAAGGCGCCGAGGCACUAACAGAAGACGCGGCCGGCCGCCCCACCGGACUCGGUCGCCGCGUAACAUUAUCAUCGGAACAUCGACCACCAUGUAGCUAUAGCUGUUGGGCCUUUCACGUUAACAUUUACUAUGUAUUUUAAUAGUCUAACUAUUAACAUUUAUAUGCCUGUUAUGUUUAUAACAUGAUGAACUUUAUUAACAAAUUUAUAUACUAUAUUUUUAAUGGCACACGCCAUCGACUAUAUUCACUAUUUUGUACUUCUGUUGUCGCUUAUUUUGUUUAGCACGAGUGUUGCUAGGUUACCCUAUCUAUGACGGCGUUAAAUUUUAUUUGAGUAUAUUUAUAUUUCAUGAUGAAUUAUGAUCAAAAUUAUUACUAUAUCUAAGGUUUUAAAAUUCAGCGCCGUUAAAUAUUAAAUGUUUAUUUAUCCCUAAAGGGAUCUUAUUUCGGUACUAUUAUUUCGUGUUUUGCUUCAAGUGAUUUUAUUUGAAGAGUUGAGCGUGUCUUACCAGCAAUAGUUAUAAAUAUAGUACAAAGAAAUAAAUAUGUCAUAUCACAAAAUAAUUAAUGAACUGAAACUGGGAUGAAGACCAUGGCCUUAAACAAGAUGGCGGGCAAACUGUAAGUAUUUUCUGUUCAAAUCAAAUAUAAUCAGCACUCAAGAGUUGACUGAUGUUCGAGUUAAUCGAAUUAUAAUUAUGCAUUUUCAUGUACGAGUCGAUUUCUUUAUUUUUUGGCAUAAAUAUAUAUAAACUUAAAACCAAAGACUAAUGUUUGCAGACGUAACAUCUGUUAGAAGCAUUAUUGUUGAAAAGAGUCUUCCUACAAUAUUGAAUUUAAAUUUUCGAUGCGUACAUGAAUUUUCAAAAAUCAUAUGUUUAUAGAGGUAUAUUUUUAUUUUUAGUGCUUAAUAUUUAUACGUGGAAAUCAAAUGUGCAUCCCAAGUGCCUUAACAAUGUACAAUGUUCACGUUUGUGGUUCUAUACAUAUUGUUAUGCUUAUUUAAUAGUUAAGGAAAGUUAGAAGAGAUUAAAUUAUUGUUAACUUUACUAAAUGUUAAUGUUUUUCACCUUUUUUUGCAUAAAUCAAUGGAGUAUGAAAUUAAUCUCUUUAUUUUGAUAGGUUUAUUAGUAGGUAUAUAGUUUUAUUAUAUUUUAUACAUUAAAGCCUUCGUUGCAAUCUCUUGCGAGAAUCUCUAGUACGUUAUCUCAAUAAAAGUUUCUUUAAUGGGUUUUUUAUAUCUAUUAUACAUUUUUUAUAAUCUGCGCUUACGUCUCGAUAUAGAUUAAAAGCAACUAGGGCAAUCAUAGAUUAAUUGUUAUUGUAAAUAGCUUUUAAAAGUAAUAAAGUCAAAGCAAUAAUAUUUUCAAUAAUUACAUUUAUUUACGUUAGUGCAAUAGAUGUGUUAAUGCGAAUUCAUAUUUUAUUAUAGGUCUCAAUAGAUUCGUUGAGAAAUAUUUAAAAUGUAUAAGAGAUCUGAUGUUGAGAUUAAAUCUUAUAUAAAACUAAAAUUAAAUACCUAUUUAGGAAAUGUUAUGAAACAUUCAAAAUUAAUAAUUACAACAGAAAACGUAUCAAUCAUAUUAUUCGAAUAUUUUUGUCAAUAAUUUUCAAUUUAAACGCUGUCCGUCCAUGAUUACUUCAUCGUGUAAGUACUUAAUUUGUUGAUAGAUCAUAGUAAAGUGUCACUUCACAUAAUUUGUUAUGCAAUGAGGAACGACAUGCCCUAUAUUUCUUUUAAAAAAUCAUAUAAAACAAAAUAUUGCUUCCCAACGUUUUCUUUUUAAAUAUUCAUAUUUAAUUUCAAAUAAUUUGUAGAUAAGUAAGAAUAUAUUUAGUUUUUAUACUCAAAAAUACAUAAAGUUAUUUAUAAUCACAAGCUUUCCUUCUAUGUAUUUGGUACAAAAUCAUUUUAUACAAAUCUAAGCAUUUAAAAAUAUGCAAUGCCAUAGACACAGUUUUGAAAACUAAUAGCAAUAGACAUUAAGAAACUAUAAACGUACAAAUCUAGAAACUGCUUAUAUAUAAUAUCUUGUAUAUUAUAUGCCACUGUUGCUAAUAGCUUGCGAUCGCGAAGCGUUUUAGAACAUUUUUGUGCCAUCAGAGACGUGUUAAAAUCAACGUCAAUUUAUAUUAAUUGUACUUAUUAUAGCGAUAUUAACGGCAAUAAAAAUCGAGUGCCUUUUAUAAACUCUUUGUAAAUAUUUAUACAUUAUUACAUAUUUUUCAAAAGUAUUAUAGAGGAGAAUGAAUUCUUAAAAUUGUUUUCCAAAAACAAAUUAUUAUAGUAUAUCUUUAUCUACGUUAAAAUUAGUUAAGUGAGAUUGUGCAUAUUACUUAUGUCUGUUUUAAUGUGUGUCUAAGAUUGAUUUGGCAUUAGUAAAUAUAUUAUUUGAAAAAUUAA